UUCGAGGCCCUGAAACAGAAGUUAUGCGAGAAACCAGUCCUCGCCCAUCCAGACUUCCACAGCUCCAAACCGUUCAUUGUAGACACUGAUGCUUCGGGAUUCGCUACAGGCGCGGUACUCUCUCAGAAACAAGAUGACGGUACUGUAAGACCAGUUGCUUAUAAAUCCAAAUCUCUCACACACGCUGAAAAGAAUUACAGCGUCACCCAAAAGAAUUAUUAGCUAUUCUACAAGCCGUCAAACAUUUCAGAUACUUUCUAUUGGGGAGAAAGCUCCUGAUACGCACGGAUCAUAUGGCAUUGAAAUGGCUAAUGACUUCGAUGUCAUUGAGAGGGCAGCUCCUCAGAUGGAGAGAAGAACUCCAAGAUUAUGAUUUCGAAAUUGAAUACCGACCAGGAGCCGCCCAUGGGAAUGCUGACGCCCUUUCUCGCCGACCCACGUCCGAGGAAAACCCAGCACCCGAGAUCGAGAUAACCUCAGAGGAUCGCCAAAUGUACCAAGAAUUAGGAGUCAAGCCUCCCACCACCGGCGCCUUUCGUAAGGCCCAACUUAACGCUUUCACCGGCAGCCAAGCCCGGCAAAUGGCUACACUCGAAGAAGUAGAAGAAGACUCGUCACCCUCUCCGUCAGAGAGCAAGGAACCGACUGUACCCAAUCGCCCUGAUGACCUAGCGACCAAGAGCUCACCCAACUCCCCAUGUUUAUGUGAGGACCGAACGCCCAAUGAUCAAGUCCAUCAACAACUUGCCCUCCAAGAUGAAGAUGAUGGACGAGAAUGGACCGAAGAAGAACGCCCCAACGGCGAACCCGCAGCACAAAUGGCUAAGUAUCAUCUACCUACGGAACAAAAGGAGGAUGCCGCGCUCAAACAGAUGACCAAGAAAGAGUCUGCGUGCCAGACGCCUUGAUCCCCGAUCUUCUCAGAUGUUUACAUCAUCAUCCGUUAGCCGGACAUCAAGGACGAGUCUGCACCUACAACCGAGCCCGACGUCAUUUCUAUUGGCCCGGAAUGGCCAAAGAUAUCGCCCAGAUGAUUGAGGGAUGUUCACCAUGCCAACAAGCCAAGAGGAGAACGCAAGAAAAACAUGUACCUUUAGGACAGACCAAUACUGCUGUUGAUUCCAGCCAUAUCUUUUAUGUUGUGUUGUAUAUAUUCGUGUCAUGUCAUUCGUGCUCGUUGAAUAUUUGUACAGUGUUUUAUUGUACGUCAAAGUGGAUUUUAUGUAUCAUGUCAUCGCCUCGUGUCUUCUUCUUGUUUGCUGUCGUGAGGAUCCGUUUCUUUUAAUGGGCUUCAUCUUCACCAUGUGGAUAAUGAACUUUGGUAUCGUCCGAUCUUAUUCGGCCUUGAUCUGCAGUUUACAUGGAAGAUGGCAGAAGACACGAAGAGAAGUUGGAUUUUUCAGCUAAUGGAGAACAGACCUGUUUUAUUAGUUCGUCCAACGUGUUUGAUAUUAUAAUACAGUCCACCUAGUUACACUUUUGUGUUAACGCUAAAAAUACAAUUCUGACUAUCGAACGGAUCUGAGUUGCACGAGUUUGUUUAUUUUCGCUCGCGGCAGUUUACAUGGUCCUUCGAGCCGGAUAUUGCUCGAAUCUGUUAAGGAACAGACCUUGGCGAGUUCUUCACUCGAUUUAUUGAGUCCUUCACUCAACUUUUGUGAGUUUGUAACUCAACACGCACAAUGCCUACCAGUGAUAUCGAUGGUGAGUCUUUACCCAGUUAUGCUUCUCAAAAAGCCGUUUUGAAGUCGGAAAAGCAACGACUGACUCGGCGGCUAACCAGUCUAAAAAAGCAAGUGGUAGACUCAAAGGAGAAGGUAGAGAAACCCCUCUCCAGCGCCCUUAUUCUUGAAGGACGCAAUCAAGUGAAUGCUUCGUUGAAAGUAUUGCGUGAACAAACACAUUUGGCCAAAUCCUUCAUUGAAUUGCAAGACAUCCCAGAUGGGGAUAUUGAGACAGAGGUGGAGAGUGUCAUGCAGGCACUUGACGAUUAUGAGGCCAAGGUGGAAGAAGUCCUAAUUGAGUGCCAGGCGGCCUUAUACGCUCUUAAUUGGCACGGCCAAGAUUCUGGGUCAACCUCAGCCCAGCGAGACUUGCAGUCAUUUUUGACUAAAAAUAAUGCCAAACUUCCAGCUAUAACAUUGGAAAAAUUUUCUGGUAACAUCAUGAAGUUCCAGAAGUGGUGGGACACCUUUAAUUCCGCUGUGCACAGGAGACAAGACCUGGACGAUGCACAGAAGUUCUCUUAUCUUCUCUCCUAUCUUAGUGGCAAGGCGGCUGAUUCAAUUUCUGGUUUCAGUCAAGAUGAGAGAAAUUACAACGCAGCGGUGGAUAGGAUUCAUCAACGUUUUAACAAAAAAAGAGAAACGAUUGCUUCAAUCAUUAGGGAUAUUUUGAAGCACCCAAUGGCCACAAAAAACGUGGAGGUCAGAUCCUUGACAGACUACAUUCAGGGAAAGAAGACCGCAUUUGAAAUGGCAGGCCUUCAUUUUAAUGAGCCUACAUCGCAGCCUUUUCUACUAACUCUCGUUGAGUCAAAAUUGCCAUAUCAAUUGAGGCAAAAAUGGGAAUUCGCUGUCGCGGAGGAAGACUUGAAGCAUCCUUCCGACCCACAAGGCCCCCUUACCUUAAAGAAGGGCCUCGAUGAUCUUCUUUUGUACAUGGAGACCUAUGCUUCAUCAGUGGAGAACACUGAUCAAGGAAGAGAGGACAGGUAUGAGGUUCCUGCUCCCAAGGUGGUUCCAAAGCAACAUCCAAAACAGUUCACGAGAACUGCUUCUAGUCUCCCCGCAAAUGGACUACCAAGAGGAAAAGGGAAGAAUAGUUGUGUUUUUUGCACAAAUUCCGGACAUCAAGCAGAAGACUGCCCUGAUGUAUUGAAAAUGUCGUUGAAAGACAGAUGGAAACAAGUCCGUGGAGUGGCUUGCUACAGGUGUCUGUCGAAAGAUACCGACCACCGAGGAGACAAAUGUUCCCUUGGUGUUUGCCCAAUGUCAGGGUGCGAGAGGCAUCAUCACCCUCUUCUACACAGUUCAAGUAAACCAUCCAAUUGACUGAGCCUAGUUGUCUCAGAGUCUUCGGCAGCAUGCAUCCUGCCUUCUUUGCUCGCCGAAGCCACGCAUCCAUCGGAUAGUGAACUGGACAGCUCACUGGUGCGUGUUUUAUUGGAUACUGCCUCCACUACGUCUUACAUCACCAGGAGAAUGGCCGAUCGCCUCUGCCUCGACGGUCGUGAUUCACAGAUGAGUAUAAUGGGUAUCAACCGAAAAUCGACCACAGUCAGCGGACACUUUGUCUCUUUUUUUCUGAAUUCUGUAGUCUCUUCCUUUUCUGUUGAAAUUCAAGCCUUUACUCUUGAUCACAUCUGUGUACCCCUUGAAGGAGUUACUUUUAACCCCAAUUCUCUUCCAAAUUUUAAGGAUUUGCGCUUUGCUGACAAAUUUCCUCGCAAAGAAGCAAAUGUCGAUGUAUUGAUUGGCGCAGAUUUUGUUUGGUUAAUUCUUGGAAAUGAAACUAUACCAAGUGCAACAGGUUUUUUUGCCCAAUCCACCUCGUUAGGUUGGGUCUUGACUGGUGCUCAAAGAAACACAUCCAUUUGUUGUGUAGGAGCUACUGAAAAUGCUUUGCCAAUUAAAAAGAAAGAGUUGGUUACUUUUGAACUCCAGCAUUUUUGGGAUCUAGAGCGCCUUGGUACUUUUCAAAAACAUUUUGCUCAUUCUCAAGAUGAUGAAUAUGUACUUAAAAUGUAUAAAAAGGAUUUAAUUUUUUCCCCUGAAAAGGAAAAAUAUGUGGUAAAUAUUAUUUUCAAACCCGAUACACCACCAUUGAAAUCUAAUUUUUUGUCUGCGUUUUCCAGACUCAAGUCUUUGGAGAGACAACUCCUCCAAAGUCCUUCCCGGGCCAAGGCGUAUUGUGACGAAAUCCAGGCGUUGAUUAAUCGGGGUUUCGUGCGCGAAGUAACGGACGAAACGGAGCUUCGGUCCAAGGAUGAAACAGGUCGAUUUUAUAUGCCACACAGAGAUAUUGUUAGACCUAACGUCGAAACGACAAAAGUUAGACCAGUUUUUGACUGUUCAGCCACAAAUGUGGAUCGCAUUUCUUUAAAUGACCUUUGCUUUAAAGGACCAAAACUUCAAAACUCUUUGUUUGAUAUUUUAAUUCGUAUUCGAACUUUUCGAUAUGUAAUUAAAGGAGACAUUUCAAAAAUGUUCCAAAUGAUCGGUUUGGGAGAAGAUUCUCGCCCUUUUCACCGAUUUUUAUGGCGAUUUCUCCAGGUAGAGAAAAAACCUAGAAUUUUUGAACACACUGUGUUGGUUUUUGGCAAUAUACAGAGCCCUUUUUUGGCAAUUCAUACUACGGAUGAAAAUGCCAGGUAUCAUUCUAUUGAAUAUCCCGAGGCAGCCGAGGCCAUAAUUUCAGACAAGUAUGUAGAUGACUUGUUCACAGGUGUUAAUUCCAUUUCGGAAGGCAUUCAACUAAGAAAGGAAAUAAGCCUUGUUAUGGAUCUUGGAAACUUUCAUUUUGCAAAAUGGUUAUCAAAUUCAAAGGUAAUUUUGCAAUCCAUCCCAGAACAGGAUCGGGCGGCUAUGGCACCGCAUGUUUUUAAAAGUAAAGAGCUUACUAUGGAAGAGACAAUAAAUUCAAAAGCUCUGGGAAUCCAAUGGAAUCCCAUUCGAGAUGUUUUUUGCUUUGUAGGUCUUAGUAGUGUUUAGGUGGAAUGUUAAGCUCAUUAAAA